GGGGGAUAUUGUAUAGAGGUGAAAUACUAGAAACUGUGCGUAGGAAGAUUUGGACUCAGUGAGUAUUGUGGAUAAACCCCAUAAACCUCAAAAAUCCCAAAUCGUGAAAUGAAUCCCAGAAACUGCCCCGCCUAAGAGGAACAACAAUGGAUAUCAGCAUUUCAUUCAGCCCAAACUCACUUCUUCUUUCAUCAUCAGAACUCGCCCCCAUUUUCACGUUAACCGCACCGCGCCGCCGCACAAGGCUCAAGUUUCGAACUUCGGCCACCGCAGAUGGCUCUUCGUGGCUGCAGCGCGGUUCACGCCGGUUUUGGGUGAAGUUUGGGGAAAUGGUGAAGAAGGAGACGGGUUUUGACUUGAAAGAAGGUGUCUCAAAUGUCGAUGGUGUGAGUGUAGAUGAAUUGCGACGGAUUGGGACUCAUUCGCUGUCUCAAUUUGUCGAUUGGAAUCGAUGGGAACGUUGGAAGAAUAUCGAGAACUGGGAACCUAAGAGAAUUGGCGCAUUGGUUCUUUACAGUUUUGUUGUGGCAUUUGCUUGUAGAGGAGUAUAUGUAGCAAUUCAAGCACCGUUCAUAAAUCGCCAGAAAAAAGAAUUGACAGAAGCUUACAUGGAAGCAUUAAUUCCUGAGCCAUCCCCUACUAACAUUAGAAGAUUUAAGAAGGGUAUGUGGAAGAAGACAAUGCCAAAAGGCCUGAAAAUGAAAAAGCUUAUUGAAAGACCUGAUGGGAUGCUUAUUCAUGAUACUUCUUAUGUUGGAGAGGAUGCAUGGGAGGAUGAUCGAGAGGUUCAUGUAAAAAAAAUUAUAGAGGAUGAUGAAAGAUUAAACAAAGAAGAGAAGAAAGAACUAACAAAAAACUUGGGCAUUUCAGCUGUUGAAGUUCAGACUGAGGGUUCAUGGCGUGAAAGACUUCAUAAAUGGAGUGAGAUCCUUAGAAAAGAACGUCUUGCUGAGCAAUUGGAUUCUUUAAAUGCCAAAUAUGUAGUUGAGUUUGACAUGAAAGAGGUUGAAAAUAGUCUUCGUAAGGAUGUGGCAGAAAAGGUGAUACCCACUCAGGGAACACAGGCUCUGUGGAUAGCUAAGAGAUGGUGGCGAUAUCGCCCUAAACUUCCAUAUACUUAUUUUCUUGACAAACUUGAUAGUUCUGAGGUAGCAGCUGUUGUCUUUACCGAAGACUUGAAAAGAUUGUACGUGACAAUGAAAGAAGGUUUUCCAUUGGAAUUUGUCGUUGAUAUCCCUCUUGAUCCUUAUCUGUUUGAGAUUAUUACAAGUUCUGGAGUUGAAGUAGAUCUCCUUCAGAAGCAACAGAUCCAUUAUUUUAUGAAGGUUGUGAUUGCAUUGUUACCUGGAAUACUAAUUCUCUGGCUUAUAAGGGAGUCUGUAACGCUUCUGUAUAUUACUUCCAAGCGUUUUCUUUACAAGAAGUAUAAUCAACUUUUUGAUAUGGCUCAUGCAGAAAAUUUCAUUCUGCCAGUUGGAGAUGUUGGUGAAACAAAAUCUAUGUACAAGGAAGUUGUGUUGGGGGGUGACGUUUGGGAUCUUCUUGAUGAGUUGAUGAUCUAUAUGGGAAAUCCUAUGCAGUUCUUUGAAAGGGAAGUGCAAUUUGUUCGGGGUGUUCUUCUCUCUGGACCUCCAGGAACAGGAAAAACGCUUUUUGCCAGGACACUUGCUAAAGAAAGUGGAUUACCUUUCGUUUUUGCUUCAGGCGCUGAGUUCACAGAUAGUGAAAAAAGUGGAGCAGCUAGGAUCAAUGAAAUGUUUUCCAUUGCUAGGAGAAAUGCACCUUGUUUUGUAUUUGUCGAUGAAAUAGAUGCUAUUGCUGGAAGACAUGCUAGGAAGGAUCCACGAAGAAGGGCAACUUUUGAGGCUCUUAUUGCACAGCUUGAUGGGGAGAAGGAAAAAACUGGUGUUGACCGUCAUUCCCUUAGACAAGCUGUCAUAUUCAUUUGUGCUACCAAUAGGCCAGAUGAAUUAGAUCUUGAAUUUGUUCGUCCUGGACGUAUUGAUCGUCGUCUUUACAUUGGUUUGCCUGAUGCAAAACAAAGAGUCCAAAUCUUUGGUGUGCAUAGUUCUGAAAAGCAACUUGCAGAGGAUGUGGAUUUUGAAAAGCUUGUCUUCCGUACUGUUGGAUUCUCUGGAGCAGAUAUAAGAAAUCUUGUCAACGAAUCAGCAAUAAUGUCGGUGAGAAAAGGGCGUUCCAAAAUUUUCCAGCAAGAUAUUAUUGAUGUGCUAGAUAAACAACUGCUUGAGGGUAUGGGUGUCCUCCUCACAGAAGAAGAGCAACAGAAAUGUGAACAAAGCGUAUCUUUGGAAAAGAAGAGACUGCUUGCUGUCCAUGAAGCUGGUCAUGUUGUGCUAGCUCACUUGUUUCCUCGGUUUGACUGGCAUGCAUUUUCACAGCUCCUGCCUGGUGGUAAGGAAACUGCAAUAUCUGUAUUCUAUCCUCGAGAAGAUAUGGUAGACCAAGGUUAUACAACAUUUGGUUACAUGAUGAUGCAAAUGGUUGUGGCUCAUGGUGGUCGAUGUGCUGAACGUAUUGUAUUUGGUGAUGAUAUCACUGAUGGAGGAAGAGAUGAUCUUGAAAAGAUAACAAAGAUUGCUAGGGAGAUGGUAAUCAGCCCUCAAAAUAAAAGGUUGGGGUUAAUAGCUUUAACAAAAAGGGUUGGCUUAGUUGAUCGACCAGACAGUUCAGAUGGCGAGUUGAUAAGAUAUAGAUGGGACGACCCUCAAGUAAUUCCAGCUAAUAUGACACUAGAGGUGUCUGAGCUUUUUACAAGGGAGUUGACAAGGUACAUUGAAGAAACUGAAGAACUUGCAAUGAAUGCUUUAAGGCAGAAUAGGCACAUUUUGGACUUGGUUGCGAGGGAACUACUGGAGAAGUCUAGAAUAACUGGAUUGGAGGUUGAAGAAAGAUUGAAGGGUCUGUCUCCAGUAAUGUUUGAGGACUUUGUGAAGCCAUUCCAGAUAAACCCUGAAGAGGAGGGACCGUUACCGCAUAAUGAUCAACUACGAUAUCAGUUACCCGACUUGUAUCCUGCUCCUCUCCAUAGAUGUUGACACAUUCAGAUCUUUGUCGCAACCUCACUUACAACAGUUCUUAUUUGGGAUGGAAAUAGUUUGAUGAUACACAUUCCUGGGAGAAUCAGGGAGAACAUAGUGGAGCUGUUGUGCAAGUUGCCCAUUUUCCUCGUCAAUGGGCUAGUUAUAUGCCUCAGUUGAUGAAACUCUUGAUGCUGCUACUUGGAGACAUGUCAACAAUCUUCAGACAUUAUCUUGUCAACAGAAAUGAGCUUGUAUGUCACACCAUGUUGAAAUUCUGUAUUCAAUUUUCGCGGUUGUAUAAAAUUUCAUAUAUAGUUGAGAAUGAAAUUUUUAGCCCCCAAAAUUUGUAUUUCCAUUUUUGUACGCUUCCAAGUUUGCAGCUGUCUACGGCAAUGGUUUGUAGCUAGUAUUGUAGGGAUAAGCAUACUGCUACACAUCAAAAUUUAAAUAUUCUAAUGAUUCACCGUGAUAUUUAAGUUUAAAUUCUCUCAUAUUUUGCAAUAUUUUGCUUUUAGUUUCAAUAAGAUUUUGGUUCUUAUGAUUUU